CACUCGGUGCUCCCUUCGACAGGAGCUCAGCCAUCCGAGGAGCCCGUCUGUCAAAGAGAAGCAGCUGACGGAAACACAAAGGCAAGAAAUCUCUGUGGAGAGGGAAUGACCGAUAAGAGAUGUGCUCAUGCUGGACAUAAGUGAACCGGGGGCAACUUUGUCAGAGGUCUUUUCUCCUUUUUUCCCCAUACUUGGUGCAGAUCUUUAUCUGGCUGCUUUCUGAUCAUCCUGAGGCUGAAAUGAUCCACACAUGUAAGGUCUGAUCGCAUCAGUGUGGUGGACCAAAGGUGCUAAGAGGAAGAGAGGGGGAGCAGUGGGAGGGAGGUAUUCAUCAAGUUACCUUCCUUGAAGGUGAGAAAGUCUAAUGUGAGGAGGUGGAUUGUCGGGUUCGACACAACGUCUCCCCAGAGGGAUGAGAGUGUGAAUCUUGAACUUCACUGGGACCAGAGCUGAACAGCACCGUCAUGACUCCAAAUCAUCUCAAUCAUCUUUAAGAUGAAGAAUGAACACUUCCAUGCUUCUUCAGAGAUGUCURCUCAUGCUGCUCCUGAAAAACCUGACAACCUCAGACUGUGGAACCUGAUGUGAUGGACUUAAUGAGAAAUGGAUCUGACCCGGGACCAGCCUUUAGGGUCAAACCCACUUGAAUCCAGCUUCUCACCACUGCAACAGGAGAAGCUGAGCCACACCUUCAGCCUCCGCAGCGCUCUGAUGUUAACGACCACAUUUGACUCGGCUACCGCUGCUCCCAGUCAGCCUCUUCCCUCUCUCCUUCCUUCUUCUCGUCCUCCGUACUCCUCCCUUAUCUCCCUCCCUGUAUUCUCCACCACCACCACCACCUCCUCGCCUGCCUCAAACGAGCCAACCAGCUACUCUUUCCCUCUAUCCCUCUCCAACAUCUCCUUUAAUGAUCUUGCAGACCUGGAGAACAUGCUGCUCUGGACCCUGCAUGAGCCCAGCACCAUCGCUCUGACCGUCAUGUACUCUCUGUCUUUCAUUCUGGGAUUUAUAGGGAACCUAAUGGCCCUGCGGGUCCUGACCAGCAGGCGCAGUCGGCGACUCGCCGGCGUCAGUGCCACGCGCAGUCUCCUGGUGAACCUGGCCGUUUGUGACUUGGCUGUGGUGUGUGUGUGCAUGCCCAUCACUCUGGGAAACCAAAUCUACACCGCCUGGGUGUACGGUGACCUCAUGUGCCGAGCGGUGCCCUUUACGCAGGCUGUCUCAGUCUCGGCCAGUGUGUUGACGCUGACUGUGAUCAGUGUGAAUCGUUACUACAGCGUUCGAUCGCCGCUCAGAGCUCGCUCCAUGUUUACUCGCCGACGGAUCUUGGUGACCGUUGCCGUCGUGUGGACCGUGUCCUCCCUGAURUGUGCGCCGAUAGCUGUGAUGAACAGGAGGCAAGAAAUCAGCUUCGAGACUUUYGCCAUCCUGGUCUGUCAGGAGGAGUGGCCUCAGCACCGCCUCAAGCAGGGGUACAACGUCUUGCUGUUUGUAAUGCUUUACUGUUUGCCYGUGACAUUCAACCUCACCAUCAGCUCCCUGACCGGCAGACGACUUUGGGGAGGGAAGAAAUCCACCUUCGCUGACCUCGACCCCCGCAGCCAAGCUCUUCACACCUCCCGCCUGAAGACGAGGCAGAAGAUUGCAAAGAUGGUGGUGUGCCUGGUACUCCUGUUUGCCGUCUCCUGGCUGCCGCUCUACCUGGUCGAUCUCUGGAUCGACUGCCAGCACCAGCCGUGGUCGUGGCUCCUGCAGACACGGCCCUUUGCUCAGUGGCUGGGCCUGACCAACUCCAGCCUCAACCCCAUCUGUUACUGUUUCAUCGGAGACCUGUACCGCUCAGCGAAGGUCAUACGGACACGAUACUACCAAAAAGUUGCCGCUCUCUUCAGCAACGCCUCAUUCUCCAGCUCGGCUGCAGUGGUUUCACCUGCUGCCAUUAUUACAGAAACCAAAGGGAUGUCAGCCGAGCAUCACCGYAUUGCAGUAGCUGUGGCUGCUUCUACUUCGGUGGUCACCAUCCCCAGACUGCUGRGCUUAGCCGGCGGCCAGGGACAGAAGGUCCGGGUCAGUUCAGACAGCGAAAUGGGAUCGGGUCACAGUAUCUCAGACUGGUGUGAAUCCAGUCCCAGUGAGUGUGACGGCUCUUUAUUCCACUGCCAGCUUCACACACUUCAGCAGCCCGUGCAGAAAAACGACUCCAUGCUGGCGAGAAGACACUCUGUGAAUGAGGUUGCUGUAUCAUUAUCUUUAAGAAUUGAACCUGUGGAAAUAGACCUGCUGCCACUGAGGAGGCAUUCAGAAGACAGAAUCUAUGGUCUGCCAGCUGAUAAGAGAGCCAUUAUUACCAAGGACGGAGAUAGAUUUUGUUACACUAGGCAGCACAGAAGCAAAACACCCCGAAACUAUUCUCUGGAAGGAAACGCAGAGAAUAAAACAACAAAUAUGACGAGCCUGUGAAUGUUUCAGAUUAUCGGAUGUAUCAGCCAGGGGAGGAAUUUCCUCUUUUUGUCCUGCGAGAAGGAAAAACAUACUGCUCCCAUCUUACAAUUUAUAGUUGACAGUUUGGCUUAUUUCAGAACCAUUUGUUUGUCUUGUAGAUAAGCUCACCAAUUCUUUGUUUUCCUUCUKUCUGCAUUUAGUCUAGUAUUUACAAAGGCUUUUAAGCAGAUGUGAAGGAAUCAAUGAUGGGGRGAAACCUGCAGGGGAGCAGCUUGAGUGUUUUUCAGCCAGUCAACAGUAGGAAGAGUAGAUCGCAGCAGCAGGCCAUAACAUAUGUCAUAACAUCAUCACAGCAGCUAUCAUCAGCUUCAGACAUGAACCCAGCAGGAUCUGAAGUUUAAUGACUUCUUGUGAACAUUUUUAUGCCUCUAAUUGAGUCACUAAUGGUUUUGAUUGGGUUUGUUGCGCACAGAAAAGAUCUAACCUUUUGUUCUAGUGGAAUAUCAAAACUUACUGCGUGCAAGUUUCUGAAUUACGGUGAGUUUCUCAUCAUGAAUGUCUGAUUUAUAAACCUUUGUGGUCAAAAAAAUCAAAUUAAAAAGGUGCAAUUUUAAACUGAAA